AUGGUAAAUUCAUCCAUGCUUCAGGAACUUCACAAAGGUGAUUAUGAACUUGACCCAUCUGACAAUAGAUGCAUAAAGGGCUACUCAGUAAACUAUAAAAAGGCGAGAGGAGUCUUCUGUUUCGUGCCUCUGGAUAUACCUCUCAACGUUCCAAACAGAAGCCUAAGCGAUCAGGAAAUUCUCUGCUACUUUCUUCCUGAAAGGACGCCACUUGCUGAGGGAUUAGCUCUGGUUUACACUCACUUGAUGAAACUUCGGUUUCCAUCAAGUCUUCAAAGGGGGUUGCAUUUCGUUAUCGCACCUACGGUGCGCAUGACAAAAGAAAAAAACUAUGCACAUGUAGUAAAGGGGAUGGACUGGCAUUUGUGUACCAUUAAGGUCUCUGCUGAAAUGAAUGAGCUAAUAUGUUCUGACGAAGACCUUGAUAAUGUGGAGGGCUUUCUAAGGACUGAAUUAUAUUUGCUUAUGGAAAUUUGGUACGAGAAGGCAACGAACGAUAUGGAUCGUGAAAUUUUGGGUGAAUUGGAAGGCGCUUUCAGGUGGAGAGAAGCAGAGUUUUAUGAUAAUUCUACAUAUUCUAAAGUUUUUCAUACUACUUUUGAGACUAGUGAAGACAAAUAUGAAAUACUUUACAAAUUUUCUGUUGACAUCGAAAAUUGGAGUCAGGAACAAGUUAUUAGUUUUCUAAAGCCACAUAUUAAUGAAAAAUAUAUCAAGAGAAUCCAAGAACAGGAGAUAAAUGGUUCGGGAUUCCUUUUAUUGACUGAAGAAAUAUUUAUUCGAAAACCAGGUUCAUUCGAAUUUCCCUAUGGACUUGCAAUGACUAUUACAAAAUUGAUUAAAAAACUCAAAGAAUCAAAGGAUAAGAAAUCGGCUUUAGAUAAAAAAGUAACUGAAUCAAUAUCAUGGUGGACAUUUGAAGAUCGACUUAUAUUAUUGGAUGUUCUGCUUGAAUAUCUACCUGAUUCUUUACCUUGGGCUGAAAUUGUUAAAAAGUUCGAAGAAAGAUCUUUUCGUAGAAUUAGUUAUGGUUGUUAUCAUCAAUGUUCACGCAAAAAGGAAAUGGAGUUAAUUCCUUGGCUAUUUAAAUACAGAGGUUAA